AUGCCUAGUAUCAGUAGCGAAAGCGACGAUCUCGCGAAAAACGAACACGAGCAUAUAGAGGACAGUAACCACUACUACGAGAGCGAUAAUAGUCCGUACAAGAAAAGUACAGAGGAUGAAGCUGUUGCUAAUACGGCUACGUUCGGCACGAAUAGUGAGAGGGAUACGACUGACCCCUCUACAGAUUUAGGUAAGCGCGGUAAAAGGCGCAAGUCGUUAGUAAGUACCCAAGAAUCCAUUACCCAUGUAUCGCCGUAUGAACAGGAUCCAGAUCCAGAAAAACACAUUUUACAAGAAUGGGAUUGUUAUGAUCAAUUGGGGUAUUCCUUGCCCGUUUGGAGGAAGUGGUCCGUUAUAGCGGUUAUUGGAGUUUGUCAAUUGUCUAUGAAUUUCAACACGAGUGUUUACCCUCAUGCUAUUUCACUAAUCUCUGAGGAUUUCCAUAUCAGUAAGCAAGCUGCUAAUACUUCACAAAUGAUUUUCCUAGUGGCUUAUGCGUUUGGCUGUGAGUUAUGGGCGCCGUGGUCCGAAGAAUACGGUAGAUGGAUUGUUAUGCAAUGUAGUCUUUUUUCAUCUAAUGUUUGGCAAAUUUUAGGCGGAUUGGCUCCUAAUUUUGGCUCGAUUAUAGUUGCGAGAUUUCUUGGUGGUAUUUCUCUGGCAGGAGGAUCAGUAACGCUGGGUGUCGCUGCUGAUAUGUGGGAUCCCGCGGAUCACGGAUAUGCAGUUGCAUUUGUGGUUCUAUGUUCAGUGGGUGGUACUGUCAUUGGUCCCAUCUUUGGCGGAUUGAUGGAGGAACACCUUUCUUGGCACUGGAAUUUUUGGAUUCAAUUAAUAUUUAACGGUGUGACUCAAGUUUUGCAUUUCUUUAUUGUUCCGGAAACGAGAUCUACAGUCAUCAUGGAUCGCUCGGCUAAAAAAAUGCGUAAGUCCGGUCGUGAUCCCCACGUAUAUGGACCUGGAGAAGUUAAAGCCUUUUCAGUUAAAGAAUUAUUAAAGACUUGGAUCCGUCCAUUCCACAUGUUUGUAUGUGAACCAAUUGUCCUAUUCUGUUCUUUGCUGUCAGGGUUUGCUGAUCAUUUGAUCUUUAUCUGCAAUCAAGCAUUCGGUCCAAUCUUUGAACAAUGGAAUUUCUCGACGACGGCUCAAGGUUUAACUUUUAUCACACUGGUGAUUGCAUAUCUUAUUGGUUAUAUGUUGCAUUUAAUUGAUAUUCGACAGCAACGUAAAAUUAUGGACAAAAUGUUACAUAGUUCGAGAGGUCCUGAACGAAGAUUACUUUUAUUACUUUUCCUAGCUCCCCUGUUAUCACUAGGUCUCUUCGGAUUCGCAUGGACAACUAUGGGUCCUCGUUAUACACCAUGGAUCGCACCUGCUAUCUUCAGUACGGUGAUUGGUAUUGGGAAUUACAGUAUUUAUAUGGCUACGAUCGAUUAUAUGGUUUCCGCUUAUGGUCCUUAUUCCGCCUCUGCUACAGGUGGCAAUGGCUUUGCGCGCGACUUAUUAGCGGGUAUUGCAGCUAUGUAUGCCACUCCACUUUACAACAAUAUUGGCGGUAAAUUUCAUUACCAAUGGGCAAGUACCUUGUUGGGUUGUUUAGGUGUACUCUGUACAAUUCCAAUUUACAUUUUUUACUGGAAAGGUCCUACGAUCAGAAAAAGAAGCAAAUUUGCACAGGCACUCUCUGAGGAAUUUGAAGAAGAACGAAGGAGAGAGCACAAGUAUCAGCAGAAGGAACAAGAAGAAUGUGCUAAUAGUACUACAUCGGGAAACGGUGUGGAGGAUGUUUAA